GGGUACUCUAAAUACGGUACGUUUAGACUUUGAUACUGCUAUCAAUAGCUUGUCACGUCCCCACAGUACGCUGUAACAUUUCGAUCGAGACACACGCGAGCGCACAUCACAAGACGAAUUCAAAACAUUCAAUAAUAUGCUUUAAGAGUGCCCAAAAUGAAGUCGUUCUUAUUUUUUGGAAUUUUAGUGGCCUUAGGAAGUGUGAUUGCAGUGAAAGCUGCCGGGGAGCACGAUUAUGACGAUUAUGACGUAAAUUAUGAUUAUGACUUUCUAAAAGAGGAGCAGAAGAGCCUUCAAGCUGAAAUGGACAAACUCUCGGAAAUGAUUUUAGUAGACGAAGGUAAAGACAAAGAUUUGGCAGCAGAGCUAGAUAAUUAUCUGUACGAAGACAAUAGAGACCCUGAUCAAGAAAAUAAAGAAGAAAUUGACAGCGGUGAUGGUUUUGAAGAUAACAUUGAAACCAUUGAUUCUGCUGAAGAUGCCAAAAAUAGUCAACAAGAUAACGCAAGAAAAACAGAAGAUAAAGAUUCUGAUGAAACUGUUUUCGAUGUCUUAGAACCUGACAGCAAAGAAGAGCCUAAAUUACCACCACCAAUUGUAGAGGACGAAAAGAAAAUAUUCCUCGAAGCUCAAGAAAUACUAAAUGAAGACGAGAAAGAAGUCAAUGAUUUCGAAGAAGAAAAACCGGACGUGAAUUUAGAAGUUAAAUCUCAAGAAAAUAUACAGGAUACUAUUGAUGAAACCAAACGAAUUUUAACCGAAGACGGCAGUUUUGAGGAUUCUGAUCCUAAAUCUGAAGAUGAUGAAACAAUUAAUGAAGAAAACCUCCGUGAUUGGGAUAAACUGGACGACCACUUGAAGUUAUUGAUGGACACUAUGGACAAACUGACCGAAAACGAUACAAAAGAAGACGAUUAUGAAGAUUACGAACAAAUAGACGACAGUAAUUUAUCUGAUAUUUUUGCUGACCACAUGGAAGACAUCGUUGAUAGUGGCGAGCGUUUCGACAGUGAGCCCAAUGCGGACGAUGACCUGAAUCCAGCAUCAGAGAAAUCAAAACCUAUAAUGUACCAGAACGAUGCUCUGGAAGCCGGCGAAAAAGCUGAUAGCUCAGAAGUAGAAGUAUUCUCUGGAUCUACUAAAUCGCUACCUACUACCAAAUCAGAGGAAAUCGUGCAAGUCUCACCAGUCACGUCUAGCACACAGAGAGCAACAACAGAAGAAAUCGAAAGACAGACGAAGAUGGUCGACGCCUUAUCCAGCUCUGAGUUCGACCAAAUAAUGAAACAAUUUUCAAUUCUGCACAGCGAAGAUUUAGACGUUAAGUCUUCUGGUUUCGCUAGGGACGUUGCACCUAUUCACAUUAAGCUGAGCCUUGACGAGCCCGUAGUGAUCACGUCACCGAACUAUCCUCGUCCGUAUCCAACGAACAAUAUAAUUGAUUGGAUAUUAGAAGGUACUGAUGGGAUGGGAAUCGAAUUUAAUGUCACUGAUUUCGCUGUGAACGGUGCCUUAGGGGACUACGUGCUGGUGAAGCCCGGUGGUGUAGAUGCCUCCGGAACUGAUGGUCUGAUCUUCUCCUAUCGUCUGACCUCAGAACGCCGGUACCGAUUCUCGGACGUGAACAAAAUGUUCAUUAGAUUUGAAGCCAGAGUGGGGAUGAUGUUCUUAAGGGGAUUUAGCUUCAGUGUCAAAUUAAUGACACCCUUACGACGUGCUGGCGACCAAGAAGAUCCUGAAUCUGAAGCAGUCCUAGCUCCUCCUGCCGCAACCCUGAAGGUCUUCCUGGCCGUGUCUCCUGCGCAGUUCCUGAAAAUAAAAGACGACUUCAGGGAGUUGGUCGCUGACAUGUCAACGUCUUACAUCAAGGACAAUAACAUCGAUCCUGGAUUAAAUAGCACGUUUGAGACAACGCAGUUGACUGGACAGUCUGUCUGUAAUAUCCACUGGCCCGGCUUCGACUCUUGUGUCGAAGUAACCUUCGGGGUGCCUUUACAGUACAAAGACUCUGAAGAAUAUAGACUCAACGCGGAGGACCUGAUCGCCAUGUGGUCGGAGUACACGCUGAAGCAACCCUACGCUUCAAGACUCAAAGAAAUGGGCAUUACUGAAUUCUCCAUCCCCGAUGAUGAUUCAAUUCUAAUGCUGUGGCUGGUCAUCGCGGCCGGUGUGGUGAUCGCAGUGGCAUUGUUAGCAUUUGUACUGUGGAGGUUCAGCUGCUUUGAAGACUACACCAGGAUGAAGACGUACAGCGAUACAGACAGUCUGAAGAGCGGCAAACGCGACCUCGACCUGUACCCGACUCCGCAUCAGACCCUGCCUCCGCUCUACACGGAAAACGACUAUAAGUGGCCCGACGUCAAAUACGACAACACAGCCACCGUGAACAUGGGAGGGUUUGCGAACAGGAACUACUUGCAGGAUGACAUCUACGACUUCGACUCCGACGAGGAGGUCACCAACAAACGUGACAGAUACUGUGUGGUGGGAUCAAAGGAUGGCUACAGUAAUGUCUAGAAGUAUAUUAUAACCAAAUAAAACUAUUAAUAAAAGAAUGUAAUUUACAAAAUAAAUAUCAUCAGAACAAAUAAUUUAAGAUUAUAUUACUGCUCAAUACUUGAUUCGUAGUUAGAUUCGGAGCAUAUCAAUAUGUGUAGGUAUAUCUAUUUUAUAUAUUAAAUAUAGCAAUAUUAAAUAAGGGGUUUUGACCUUGCCAAAGGUAAAGCAAGCUAAGAGUGAUCACGAGCGACCACGGUUAUUGACUAACGAUGGCCUCAAUUAUCACAUCUAUCAUGAGACGUGAGGUCGAUAUUCUAAGAAUUUGAGACAUGGAAUUUCUGUUCCCUUGUGCUUUGUAUGGGCAAGGUGGAAAGAAGGCCACAGCCGAUCAUGUAGCUGCUGGUGUGACCAGAUAACCACCCUAACUGGUCUACCAGUCGCAACCGCCCCACGUGAAGUUGAGGACCGGACGAGGUGGAAACAGCUCACGAGAGGCCAAGGUCAAUUCAAGGAUACGACCUUCAGUAAUGAAGAAAGCGACGAAGAAGAUGCUUUGUCUGAAGCAUUGUGGUACUAUCCUGAGUAGGAUCAUGUUCACAUUUAAAAAAAUUAUUAGUAAUGUACCGGGCGGGUCUUGAAUUUAUCCAAUAAAUUCUAAUGUUAUUUCGCCUCCUGUAAAUUCUGCGAGGUUAAAUCUAAAAAAGUUUUUUAAUAAUCAUAAUACCGUUGCUAAAUUACAUUGGAAUGCGUAAUGUAGAUAUUAUCUUAACUUAACUUCCAUGAUAGAUUAUCGUAUGCAUUUUAUAUAAAGGUACUACUGUAGUAGUUAGAUAGUGUAUCAUGUACAAAUUAAUUAUUAUAUUACUCAUAUAUUCUAUGUAAACUAUACUAUAGUACAUAUCUAGUAAAUUGCCAGUCAGUUGAAUUAUUGUGUGACUAGCGUUUAGCUACGGUGAUAAAAAUUACAUGUAAAAUAUUCCUUUACUGUAUUGUUUUUUUUUUUUAAAUAAAAUAAAUAUAUUUUUUAUGAAAGAAAAA